AUGUCUGAAUCCCUUCAGCUUGCUGUUGAAACGCAAAUCGAGAUGAAUUGGAACUAUUAUGUUCAACUUGUGGAGUCCACAAUUGUCAUCUAUGACUACUUGCUCACAUUUGAUGCUGAGGUUGAGCGAUAUUGGAAACAAAAAACAAGAUUCACAUUUGCCACGACCCUCUUCUAUUUUUAUUCUGCAUCAUACGAUGUCUUGCUCUCAAUGUUUAUCACUGGGGUUAUAUUUUUCUGGUUUCGUCCGUCAUCGACGGUGUGUGUUGCAGGGAACAGUUUUGUUUCGAAAAUGCGGGCUAUUCACGGAGGAAUUGGAACCAUAGUCAUGCGGGAUGGCACAAUGUAUUUCGGAAUUGUUACUCUCAUCAAUUCUGCCAAUAUAACCCUCUUUUUCACAGUGGGGAAACUUCCCUUCACAUUCUCAAAUCUCUGA